AACUUCCCGUCAGGAUGUUUUCCCCGUAGGGGUUUUGCGGCCAAGAAAAUAGCUUAAAAGAGAUGUAAAAUGUUUUCGCGGGGCGGUAAUCCUGUGGAAGGCUGUCAUGCUGCCCGGCCGCGCGGCGACUUGGUAAUGGUUAGAAUUUUUACAGAGUCUUAAGGCGUGAUCAUCUUCCGUACUGACGAUGAGGAUGCUACACAUCGUCCUGGUGCUCCUGCAGCUGGGAAGCAGCAGACAACAUCGACCGCUACCUGAAGGAGCAGUGGGGGUGGUUGCGGGAGCGCAUUUCGAGCCGAUACCUCAGGUAACAUUGUACACUUCAUCGGUACCAGUAAAUUUUAAGGUUGCUUGGCCAAUGCAAUUAGAUGACAUUCAGGAUAGUAUCAAAGAUAUCACUUCUUGUCCCUCCAAUAGUUCAAGUGAAUGGUGUGUUAUUUUCAAAGAAUUAAAACAUAGCUUAAUUUAUACUGACAUGCUAAUUAAUAAGGUAAACGAAGCAGCAGGGGAUGACGUAUUGGAUUUUCAGUCUCAAGUUCGGGAAAGACGAGGGUUAAAUUUCAUUGGAGAGUUUUUUCAUUGGUGUUGUGACAUUGCCGUCAAUAGUCAAUUGAAUAAUCUUUUCCUAAAUGAACAACAAAUGUCAGAACACAUAAACAAGAUGGAAUCACAAAUUUUAAACACUCAUGAGGCACUGGCAAAUAUGAGCAACACUAUUUUUGUUAUAAACGAGGGAAUGACCGGAAUUCUAAAAAGAGUACAAUCAAAAUUCACAAAUUUGUCUGAUUACUUAAAAGACCUCCGAGAGACUAUGGUGACUAAGUUUUCAGGAAUGGUUCAAGACAUAGGACAUUCAUUCCAGUUUCAGGUACUGUUGGCCUCUCAAUUAGCCAAACAAGCGCAUACAUUUACAAGACUAGAGAUUCUGGACCAGUGCCGGUCAAAUAAAAUACCUGCCAUUGUAGUUACACCAGCUCAAUUGAAAGAGAAAUUAAAUAUGCUAAAUGAAAUUCUUAAUAGGGAUGGUUAUGCGUUGUCCAUAAGUGUAUCAGAAGUUCAGAAAUAUUUUAAUUUACCCAUUUGUAAAUGUCAAGUCCACAAGGAAAAUUUAUACCUUCAAAUUAAAGUACCAAUUGUUAAACUAAAUUCCAAUUGGAGAUUGUUUCAGUUCGUCGCAGUCCCAUUUCAGUGGAAGAACUCAACUUGUCAUUUGGAUCAUGCUCCGAAUUUUCUGGCAGUGGAUGGAGACCAUCUAAUCACUAUUCAGGGUAGAAAUUUAUUAGAUUGUAGACCAUUUGAAGAUAAAUUGUGUUUUGUUCCCAGGUUCUCCGGAGAUACCCUAGGUAGUGCUUUGUGUCCAAAGGCUCUUUUUCAGGGGAUUACCGUUGAAAAUCUUAGUACCACAUGUGCGUUUCGAUGCCAUUCCGGAAACCAACUGAUGAUCACCCAGGCUGGACCAGAGCGGUACUUCCUAACAAACCCGUCAGGAAAAUUAGACUUGCAAUGCAUGAAACAUAACAAUGAAUCUUUAUUUUUAGGAAGUGGAGACAUCCUCGGAGCUGUAGAUAUAGAAGUACCGUGUGAUUGUCGUUUGUAUUUAAACCAAGAACUUAAAAUUAACGAGUUGUAUCCAUGUGAUGCGUUAACAAAAUCUAAAUUUCAAUUGGUACAUGUAAUACCAGCUGCUUGGACGAAGUUACGUAAAUUGAAAAUUUUCCCUCAUCCUACGUCAACACAUACAGUUUUUCCAUCCUUAAUGGAUUGUUUAGAUGAAAAUUGGCCAACUCUAAUACCACAUUUAAAUUUUUCUUUGACAAAGUUUGAAACCCCUUUAGACCCGAUUCAUUUAAGAGAACCAGAAAACGUACCAAGAUUUGUAAUGAAAAACUUACAGAGUAUUGCGCUUUCCAUUGUAAGUAGUGUAUUAUUAUUUAUUAUUAUUAAAAAUCCAUAUCUAGUAGGUAUUGGAACGCUACCAAGAGUAUCCGCCUUGGACAAUGUUACUACCCUUGGCAUAGAAAUAAGUGUAACUGUAAUUACUAUAUUGGUAAUAGUUGGAAUGUUUUUAGUUCUGUUAUUAAAAUAUCUGAGAAAUCGGAAACCCCUCAGUAUGUCUGUAGAAAUCUCGACUACAGUAGAAAAUGCUGUUCCUUCUACCAGUGGAAAGGUAGAAUUAAAAGACAUACUAGCCAGAGAUAAUGGUUGUGUAGCUAAGUUAUCCAGUGAAACUGGGGAGGAAUUGAAAGUAACCAUUUCCAUUUGUGAUGAUCAGUAGUGAAUGAAUUUUGUUCAAUGUAAAGCUUUACCUACGAUUAGAAUAAAUUAGAAUUUGAUUAAUGUUUAUGUGAAGGGGCAUGCGCCCAUAAAUAAUUUUUAUAGAACCAAAUAACGAUGGAGGGAGAAUACCAGGUUCAAUAAGGGGAAUUAUGACGUCAGGACUAAUCAUUGAGAAAGUGGGUGGGAUCCUUUCCGUAUUCCCAUUUUCCACCAUAAACCCCCCCCCCCCCCCUUGUGUUUUUAUUAUUCAAGAAGUGACAUUGAUAGUUUUCGUCAAUCGAAGAGAAUGACUUUUGAGGCGGACUUGUUAAGGGUAAUUUCGAAAGGAGUGCUGUGGUGCAGCUCCAUCCAGAACUCUUGUCCCUUCUCGAGUUGGGAGAAGGCGCGUCGUUAAGGGUCAGCCAGAUACCACGUGGGCCAGUUGGGAGAAGAGGACCUGCUUCUACCCAUUGCUGCGGGCUGGUGCCCGUAUCGUCGAAUCGUGUGGUGAUGCACGAUUACCAGGAGUAUCAGCGGUUUGGGAG